UUUUUACUGAGCAUAGAUAUACAUAUCGGAGAAUGUCCAGUUCGGGAUUAACUUCUGAAGCUCAGCUUCGAUACAUGCUUCAAUGGUUUGAAGAGUUUAGCGAACUGCAGAGAGAGGAUUUCUUGCCAAUACUUGCUGCUGCUCAUGGAGAUAAACCUGAUCAGCUUACUGCAGGUCUCUCUACACUUACCUGUGAUGACAAGCCCUUGAGCUUGUUUCAGUGUCGUAUUAAGCUAUUUAACGAAUGGUAUCCAACAUGGAAUGAGGAUCAAAAAGAACGCUUGAUUAAGGCAGUAACCGAGACUGACCCAGAUUUUGGAGAAAAACUCCAAGACAUUCUUAUAAAUGGCAUCAAAGUAAAUGGGAUUGAUGAGUUUUUUUCUACAAUUGAAUAUAGUGAAAAUAAAGAAUUGACUGCAACUGAACAGCCAUCUGAGGGAGAAAAUCUAGUAUCACAAGAAGUUGCUGUAGAAAUUGCAGCGGCUUCCUAAAUUAUGGUCAAGGUAUAUUGAAAUUGAGGAAAAUCACACAUUUUCUUAAUAAUUUUAAAAGAAAUGGAUCCACAAUACUGUGACACAAAAUGAAUGCAAAUUUUUUUUUUAGGUUUUCAUUUCCCUAUGCUUAGUACAUUGCAAACUUUUAGCUUAAACAUAAUUCACAGGGUCUAAAUUUGUGUCAUUGGAUCACCUUACCUUUUCAAGAUUAGCUGAUAUUUAUAAAUGCUGCUAAAGCACAAUAUUUAGAGGUAUGGAUAGAAAACCUUAUAUCUAUUUAGUUGAAUCUUGUUAAGUAAAAAAGGCUAGAUGUUUGACUCUGUACGAACAAAGCAAAUGCUUAUGUCUCAUUAUAAACAUCAAAAACAUGUUUGACACAUGAGUGUUAAACUUAAUCUUAAAUCUGAGGGUAAAAGAGUGUUUUGCCUGUGUUUGGUGGUAAAUUAAGUAAUAUCAGUUAUAAAUUUUAUAAAUAUUUAAAAUUUCAUUAUCUAUGAGUUCCAAAUUGAUAUGAACUUAUGAUAAGGAUAACUUCUUUUACUUAUAAAUUCUUUAAUUUUGGCUGCUGCUGUAUUUUUUAAAUGUUAUUUGAUAUAGAGGUAAACGAAACGAAAAAUAUAUGCGUAAACCUUUUUUGUUUUAGAUGUAUUAUAGUGAUAUAUUUAUUGAACAGAAGCACAAUUGUUCACAUAGUUAUACUAUAAACAUAUUAUAUCUUGCCAUUUGCAGUCUAUACACACUUAUAUAACAUUCCUAUCUUUUUUAUAUAUAUAUAUUGUUAUAUCAUAUAUAUAUGUAUAUAUAUAUAGUUUUUAGUAUAUUAUGUAUCAUAUAGUCUUAGAAAUGAAAUAUUAAAUGUCAUUCCUUUUUAAAGAUAGUCAAGUACAAAUAUCAAAAUUACAUAUACCUACUACAUUCCAUUGUUUUACAAUUUCUACUAUAUUUUGAGUAGGGAAGUAGAAUUUACUCAUUUGAGUAUACAUAUAUGUUUCUUGAAUAGAAAACAUGCAUUCAAUUAAAAUUGAAUCUCGCAAAGUUAAAAUUCUUUUUAACAUUGACAAAUACAUCAGUGUCAUAGUUAUGUUGAAUCCAAAGAAUACGAAACAAGUACAAAACACAAAUUGUGCCAAGCGUGGACAUUCCUUUUUUAUUUAAAGUUAUUUACAUUAAAAAUUAUUUCAUAGUGAUUAAAGGAAGGUGCUGGCUAUGUAUGUGUGAAUGAAUGUAUCGGCAAUUUUUUCAUAUUUAAAUAAAGUAUUAACCCUAUAUAUAU